AUGGAGCAGAAGCACGUGUUCCUGUCGGCAUUGAGCAUAGGGGUGGGGGUCGGCGUCGGGCUCGGCCUGGUGUCCAGCUCGACCGUCGGGAAAUGGACCGGCGGCGAAGGCUAUGCGGAAGCGGACGGCAUCUCCGCCGGGAAGCUGGAGAUGGAGGUGCUCCGUCUGGUGGUGGACGGGAAGGACAGCAAAGUCACGUUCGAGGACUUUCCGUAUUUUCUCAGUGAAAAAACACGUGUGUUGUUGACAAGUGCUGCUUGUGUUCAUCUGAAACACCUGGAUGUAUCUAAGCACACUCGGAACCUUUCGCCUGCAAGUCGAGCUAUAUUGCUCUCAGGCCCUGCAGAAUUGUACCAGCAAAUGCUUGCCAAGGCUCUGGCACAUCACUUUGAAGCGAAACUGCUACUGCUGGAUGUAAAUGACUUUUCACUUAAGAUGCAAAGCAAGUACGGUAUCGCCAAGAAAGAUUCUUCUCUCACAAGAUCAAUCUCCGAAGCAACGGUGGAGCGAUUGUCCAGUUUUCUUGGUUCCUUAUCUAUGCUUCCAUAUAAAGAUGAUAACAAAGGUAUGAACAAAAGGCGACAUUUUCCCAUUCUUUGUGUUUUGGCUUAUGUUUCCACACACUCCGAAGAUUGGGAUACUGAAGGAGCCAACACUUCCACAAGGCCUCGCAGGACAUCCUCUGUCUCUUCAGAUAUGAGUAGCAUAAGUGGACUGUCUUCCUCUUCCAGUCCAGCCCAUCCCAAGCGUGUAUGCAGCUGGUCAUUUGAUGAGAAAAUUCUCCUGCAGUCGGUUUAUAAGGCCUUAGUUUCAAUUUCCCAAACAAACUGCAUAAUUCUCUACGUCCGUGACGUCGACAAGCUUUUUUUCCAAUCCCCGAGGUUAUACAAAUUGUUCGAAAGAAUGUUGAAAAAAUUGACGGGGCCGGUUUUGGUACUCGGUUCCCGAAUAAUGUUAGACCUCGAUGAUGACUGUGUUGAAUUAGAAGAUAGGCUGAGCCUUCUAUUUCCUUACAACAUCGAGAUCCGGCCGCCAGAGGACGAGAAUCACCUGGUGAACUGGAAAAGUCAACUGGAGGAGGAUAUGAGGAAGAUCAAAAUUCAGGACAACAAGAACCAUAUAGCAGAGGUAUUAGCUGCGAAUGAUCUCGAGUGUGAGGAUUUGGGCUCGAUAUGUUAUGGCGACACUAUGGUUUUGAGUAACUACAUUGAGGAGAUUGUUGUCUCAGCUUUGUCGUAUCAUUUGAUGAACAACAAGGACCCUGAGUACCGUAAUGGGAAGCUCGUUAUAUCAGCUAACAGUUUAUCUCAUGGAUUAAGCAUUUUCCAAGAAAGUAAAAAUGGUGGAAAAGGUACCAUCAAAUUGGAGACCAAUGCCGAAGGUGUCAAGGUGUCCGACGGGAAAGGUGACGCCGGAUCCAAACCUGAAUCAAAGUCCGAAAACCCAACAUCCGAGAGCAAGGGCGAGGCAGAAAAGUCAAAUUCAUCAACAAAGACGGAGCUUGAAAGUGCAGUGAUCUCAAAACCCGCUGAAGUCCCUCCGGACAACGAGUUUGAAAAGCGGAUAAGGCCCGAGGUCAUCCCGGCUGACCAAAUCGGGGUCACGUUCUCUGACAUUGGGUCCCUGGAGGAGACCAAGGAGUCCCUCCACGAGCUCGUCAUGCUCCCCCUCCGCCGGCCGGACCUAUUUUCAGCCGGCGGCCUCCUCAAGCCCUGCCGGGGCAUCCUCCUGUUUGGGCCCCCAGGCACCGGCAAGACCAUGCUCGCCAAGGCCAUCGCCAACGAGGCUGGCGCUAGCUUCAUCAAUGUCUCCAUGUCCACCAUCACCUCCAAGUGGUUUGGGGAGGACGAGAAGAACGUGCGGGCCCUAUUCACACUGGCCGCAAAAGUGUCCCCGACUAUUAUUUUUGUGGAUGAGGUUGAUAGCAUGCUCGGGCAGAGGACGAGGGUCGGGGAGCACGAGGCAAUGAGGAAGAUUAAGAACGAGUUCAUGACACAUUGGGAUGGGCUGCUCACGAAGCCUGGGGAGAGAAUUCUGGUGUUAGCGGCAACUAACAGGCCUUUCGAUCUGGAUGAAGCCAUUAUAAGGCGUUUUGAGCGCAGAAUCAUGGUUGAUCUACCAUCAGUGGAAAACAGAGAAAAGAUCUUGAGAACCCUUCUGUCGAAAGAGAAAGUUGAAAACCUUGAUUACAAAGAGAUUGCAACAAUGACAGAAGGAUACAGCGGAAGUGAUCUCAAGAAUCUAUGUGUGACGGCAGCUUACCGACCAGUGAGAGAAUUCUUACAGCACGAGAGGCAGAGAGACAAGAAGAAGAAACAGAAAAACGAAAAAGGCGAAAGCACUGAAGAUGCUUCCGGUACCACUGUAGAAGAAAUCAAAGAGGAAAAAGCCGUUUCUUUAAGGCCCUUAAACAUGGAGGACAUGAGGCAGGCCAAGAACCAGGUUGCCGCCAGUUUUGCAACUGAGGGAUCCGUAAUGGCUGAGCUAAAGCAGUGGAACGAGCUAUACGGAGAAGGAGGCUCAAGAAAGAAACAACAGUUAUCUUACUUCCUAUAG